AUGAAAGGAGGAAACCAGACAGCUGUGACGGAGUACGUCCUGCUGGGGCUACAUGAGCACCGUAACCUGGAGGUGGUCCUGUUUGUGCUCUGCCUGGGCGUGUACUCCAUGAAUGUGCUGGGGAACGCCCUCCUCAUAGGGCUGAACGUGCUGCACCGUGGCCUACACAACCCCAUGUACUUCUUCCUGAGCAAACUCUCCCUCAUGGAUAUCUGUGGCACCUCCUCCUUUGUGCCUCUCAUGCUAGUCAACUUCCUGGGAGCCCAGAGGACCAUCUCCUUCCCUGGAUGUGCCAUGCAGAUGUACCUGACCCUGGCGCUGGGAUCAACAGAGUGCCUGCUCCUGGCCAUGAUGGCAUAUGACCGUUAUGUGGCUAUCUGCCAACCACUUAGGUACCAAGAGCUCAUGAGUAGACAGACCUAUAUGCGGAUGGCAGUGCUGAGCUGGGGGACAGGCUUUGCCAACUCACUACUACAGUCCAUCCUUGUCUGGUGCCUCCCCUUCUGUGGCCACAAUGUCAUCAACCACUUCUUCUGUGAGAUCUUGGCAGUGCUAAAACUGGCCUGUGGGGACAUCUCCCGCAACGCGCUGGCAUUAAUGGUGGCCACAGCUGUCCUGACACUGGCCCCCCUCUUGCUCAUCUGCCUAUCUUACCUUUUCAUCCUGGCUACCAUCCUUAGGGUACCCUCUGCUGCAGGCCGACACAAAGCCUUCUCUACCUGCUCAGCCCACCUCACAGUGGUGGUGGUUUUUUAUGGGACCAUCUCCUUCAUGUACUUCAAGCCCAAGUCCAAGGACGCCAGUGUGGAUAAGAUUGUCACAAUGUUCUACGGGGUUGUGACGCCCUCACUGAACCCCAUCAUCUACAGUCUGAGGAACGCAGAGGUGAAAGCUGCUGCCCUGGCUCUGCUGAGAGGAGGUCUGCUCUCCAGGAAAGCCUCCCACUGCUACUGUUGCCCUCUCCCUGUCAGCCGGCAUAGGCUAGGUUGUGCUGUGGUCAUGACCUUCAGAGGAUUAAAACCAUUAAAGUUUGUUUCUUGCUCCUGCUGCAGGUCCACAGAGGCUGGUGGGGCUUCUGCUCCACAUCAUGGUCUUCACCCCUCUGGGACUCAGGAUGACAAAGCAGCUACCAUUGGGAACACUGCUGGUCACCAUGACAAAAGGGAAAGUAACAAAGCCUGCACUGACUCUUAAAGCUUCUACUCAGAAGUGGCUGUGUUGCUUCCACCUACAUUUCAGUGGCAAACACAAUGGCAACAGGAAGGCACAGAACCACACUAUCGUUAAGAGGGAGAAGCACAAUACCGUGUGUCUGGAUGGAUAAAGAGAGGCACAGAGAGAUUUGUGAAUGGCCUAAUGACUACCACACCAGCUGACAGUGCCAACCCAAGAGCUACUGGAGAUUUGGCUUUCUUUAUCUUGACCAUCCAUCCUUCAUGGGCUGCUGCCAGGUUAAUUGUCCCAAGAAAGCUCUAGUUAGCUCAACUGUGGUGGCCUUGUACUGGGUCAACCAAACUUGGUUAGAGGGUCUGGGUUAGUGUUGGCCACAGAGAAGUUUGCACGAGAUUUGGAAGGCAAAAGUGGGCCAGGCAUGGUGCUCA